AUGGCUUCAGUUCAGACUUUGAGAAAGUUUAUCAACGAGCGACUAACUGCUGCUGCUGGAGAAUUCUUCACCAUCUUUGAACAAACUAUCGUCCUGUACAAAGAGGAGCUCGACCGACAGAACAGACUGCUGGAAAUCAUCUUUACACCUCAAGUGAAAUUCCACGGAACAGAGAGUCCACAGCAACACAUCGGUCGCCACAAGACGAGCUCCAUUCUGGAGCAGGAGGAACAUGAAGCUCCACACAUUAAGCAGGAGGAGGAUGUCAUUGAGGUGACUGUUACUGAUGGUGAAAGAGACGAUUCCCUGGACUCUGUGAGAGACUUGACCACCCAGAGACUGACUGCUGCUGCUGUGGAAAUCUUCACCAUGUUUGAGCAAACUAUUGUCCAGUACGAGAAGGAUAUUGCCCGUCAGAACAGACUGCUGGAAAUCACCCUUCAACCUCAAGUCAAGUUACACAGAACAGAGAGUCCACAGCAACACAUCGGUAAGCAGAAGACGAGCUCCAUUCAGGAGCAGGAGGAACAUGAAGCUCCACACAUUAAGCAGGAGGAGGAUGUCAUUGAGGUGACUGUUACUGAUGGUGAAAGAGACGAUUCCCUGGACUCUGUGAGAGACUUGACCACCCAGAGACUGACUGCUGCUGCUGUGGAAAUCUUCACCAUGUUUGAGCAAACUAUUGUCCAGUACGAGAAGGAUAUUGCCCGUCAGAACAGACUGCUGGAAAUCACCCUUCAACCUCAAGUCAAGUUACACAGAACAGAGCUCCAACAGGAUCAUGACUGGAGAGAGGAUCAGCUCUUUAAAGAGGAAUCAAGCUACUGUCGAGAGCAAGGAGAACCAGAACCUCCACAGAUCAAAGAGGAGCAAGAAGAACCAGAACUUCUACAGUUCAAAGUGGACCACGAGGAACCAGAACCUCCACAGAUCAACAAGGAACAGGAAGAACCAGGACUUCCACAGUUUAAGGAGGAACCAGAACCUCCACAGAUCAGAGAGGAGCAAGAAGAACCAGGUCAAAGUUACAAUCUACAGGGUAAUUUGUUGGUCCAUAUGGAAACUCACACCGGUGAGAAGCCAUAUUCUUGUCAAACAUGUGGUAAAAAUUUCAUUCUCCAAAGUACUUUGUUGAUCCACAUGAAAAUUCACCCACCUGACAAACCGUAUUCUUGUAAAACAUGUGGGAAAUGUUUCUCCCGACCCAGCAAUUUGUUGGCCCAUAUGAGAACUCACACUGGUGAAAAGCCGUAUUCUUGUGAAAUAUGUGGGGAACAUUUCAGUCGAAGGAGUAACGUGUUGGUCCAUGUGAGAACUCACACUGGUGAGAAGCCGUAUUCUUGUGAACUCUGUGGGAAACGUUUCACUCAACGAAAUGUUUUUUCCGAACACUUGAAAACUCACACAGGUGAGAAGCCAUAUUCCUGUGAAACAUGUGGGAAGCGUUUCUAUCGCAAGAGCUAUUUGAUGCGCCAUGUUAAAGUUCACACAGGUGAGAAGCCGUUUUCUUUUAAAACGUGGGACUAGACUUUCUUAUUGCAGUUCAUUGCUGCACCUGGGAAAUCUCAUCCGGGAAUAAGAAGCUUGACUGAAUUCAUGUUUUUAUGGAUCAUACAGUAGUCACAAAAAUAACAUUUUCUGAAAGAAAAACCAAGAAACAGUGGAGGUUAUAUCACAACAUGUCAGUGCAGAGGCGGUUCUGCCUACAAUUGCGCCCUGGGCGAGAACUGUCCAAACCGCCCCGCCCCAACAAAAACUUACCGCCAAACCCUGCCACCAAAAUAACAAUAAAGAGCAAUACAUUAUAUUAUUUUUUGAUUAUUUUAUUAAAUAUAAUCUUAAAUAUAAAAACAAAGGAUAAACAAGAUCAAUGAAUAAAAUACAGUACAUUUAUUGUGCAUGCUUGAAUAAUAUCUGAACAAAGCAAAAAAGGCAACGAUAUAAUCUUCAAUGCAAAAUAGUAACAGGAAUAUUUAUUAUUAUUUAUUAACAUUUGUCAACAUCCUAUUAGCUAAGCAUGACACACUGUCAAUUAUUUAAAAAACCAUAUCACAUGUAUGUUACAAAAUGCCAGGUCAGUUUAUUUUAGAAGGUAUUGAUCUUAUCGUACAGCGUAUAGGAAUAAAAAAGUCCACAGUCAGGAUGUCGGUGUGAAUUUGCACUUCUUGUUGCAUUUGAAACACAAACUGUACCAGGCUGCCUCUGGGUGAAAUUAGUUGCAUGACACGAUGCCUCAAUUACAAUAGUUGGUAGUUCAGCAAAAACUCAACACCACAUACAGUCGUCUUCUGUGGCUCAGCAACGUAUUAGCAAAAGGCUAAUAAAUGGCCUGUAAUGUCAUUCACAUCACUCAGAAAAAUAUGCAUCCCUUUAUCUUUUGCCCAUUUCUCCUCUUCUUCUUUUCUUCUUUUUCUAAACUGGGCACCUGAUGGCUUCUUUGGUCUUUUACUUGGAUCCAUGAUCAAAACAUUACCUUUCGCCAGCGCCUUCCGGUCACGGUUCACCUGUAAACCAACCGGAGUCCGGAGUCACGUGAUGUAAACCCCCCCCGCCUCUUCGGACAGCCCGAACGGACACACAAGCUUUAUGGCGUGACAAAUGAGGGCGCCCCAGCGCUCACGUCACUAACUUGACAUGGAAAUGAGUGCAAGUCUGGAAAACCACUUUCUCGUGGGCACGGCGCCAGUGCGCCCUGGGCAGUCGCCCACAUUGCCCAUCGCUAAAACCGGCCCUGUGUCAGUGUGACGACUUGCUUGAAAACCACAAGGUCCGCUGCAAUGAUUGGACGCAGCUCACGGUCCUUUCAGGUCAUUAAUAAUGAAAAACACAAAACUGUCCACCUCGGCAGCCUUUUCAGGUCUGCCCUCGGUGACACCAAAAACCAAAAUACAACACCAGCUGGGUCCCUUUCCAGGAGCCCAGAGCCACUUCUAAAAACCCUGCCGCUUACUGCAGUGGUGAAAUGUCUUGUUUUUUUGUUGCUUGCUGUUUGUUUUUAAUAUUUGAUGAUUGUAUGAGAAUCGAUGCAUUAGCAUGGCGGGGCCCUGUGUUCUAGGGUCGAGAGACAAACAGUGGGGCGAUCGUUCCUUUGCUGUCGCUGCCUCCAGACUGUGAAACAAUCUGCCAGCUGGCGUUCAUGCCUCCACUGAUCUCGGCUUUUUUAAAAUGAAGUUGAAGACCCACCUUUUGAGAUUGGCUUUUAAUUCUGACUGGGGCAGUCUUACAUUUCCAGGUUGCACUAAGUUUUGUCUGGAGACUAAUAACAUGCAGCACGAUGGCACCUUCCACAGUUAUGACUGUCUUCCUGUUUUUGCUUCACGGUUCUGUUGUAAAGCACUUUGGGUUCCUUCUGGUUUUAGUGAAGGCUCUAUAUUAAAAUUUGAUUGAUUUAUUGAUUGAGAUGAAGGGGCAGAGGAGAUGAUUGACACAUAUU